AUGUUAACCCCGAAUCUCCAAUCUCCGACUUUGCGACAUCGCAGCUUGGCGACGAUGCUAUUGCGAACUACAUUGCGGCCCAGGGUGCUGCAGCUUGCAGCCUAUCGCCCAAUCCGUGCCAGAUCAUCAGUACCAUUUAUUCGCAUUCAAGACGGAACUUUUUACAAGCGAUACCCCACGACCGAGGUCGAGGACCCGUCCAACCCACCUCUCUUCCCUGGCCUGAACUUCUCGCUCCCUUCCGCAGUCUCUGGCUCGACCCAAGAACACUGGGCUGUAAUUGGUCCAUCUGAACGAACCGAUCUCCUUCAUAUCCUCCGCGGCCAGCACAUAUGUAUCCCGCCCGACGCACGUUCCUACCCAUACCUUCUCACCGACAAGAUCGCCGCCAAGGACCCACGGUUACGUGUGGUGUCCAAUGCGGUCCAGUACAUUGGAUUCAGUGGUGAAGGGUCGGGCGCGAUUGGGGGGACCCGGGGCUCAUAUCUCAGUGCUCGCUAUGAGAGUCUGCGGGAGGAGACGGACUGGACGGUGCGGCAAUACCUGCGUGGUCAGACCAAUUUGAACCCGAUGGAAGGCGAGGAGCAGGGCACAGUUCAUGAUGAAGUCUUUUUCGAUCGGGUCGUUACCGAUCUUCACAUUUCCGCUGUGCUUGACCUGCCAGUCUCGAGUCUGAGCAAUGGUCAAACGCGCCGAGCGCGGAUUGCAAAGGCGCUUCUGUCAAAGCCGGAGCUGUUGCUCCUUGAUGAGCCAUUCAUGGGUUUGGACCCUCCCACAGUGAGGGGCCUUUCUGGGCUGCUUCGCCAGUUGGCGAAGAAAGCUGCCCCGCGCCUCGUUCUGGCUGUACGCCCCCAGGACAAGGUCCCAGAUUGGAUCACGCAUAUUAUGGUUCUGGGCAAUGAUCAUAAGGUUCUUCUGCAAGGGCCAAGGUCAACUAUCGAUGAGACGCUAGAUGUCUGGGCGCAAGUCCUAAAGAAGAAGCCCGAUUUAAAAUCUUUAAAACCAGAGCAAAAAGAAAUAUUUGCACAGAGUCAAGCAGACCUAGAAGCUGGUGUCUUGGAUGAAAAUUUCAUCCGAGACCUGGUGGCACAUAAGGGUGAACUAAAAUUCCCAGAAGUCGACGCACCAUUGGGCGGAGAGGCCAUCAUUGAUAUGGAAGGCGUCCGUGUGCAGUACGGGGACAAGGUAAUUCUUGGUGACUGGCAGCAGAAAGUGCACAAACAAAUGAAGGAUGGGCUUCACUGGAGAGUCCGACGUGGCCAGCGCUGGGCGAUUCUCGGGGCCAAUGGGUCAGGCAAGACAACAUUGCUUUCCAUGAUCACGUCCGAUCAUCCGCAGACAUACGCACAACCUGUCAGACUCUUUGGACGAUCCAGGCUUCCGGAAGUUGGCAAACCAGGGAUCUCAAUUUUCGAAUUGCAGGCCCGCAUUGGGCACUCCUCGCCGGAGAUCCAUGCCUUUUUCCCCCGUCAAUUGACUGUCCGUGAAGCGCUGGAGUCUGCUUUCGCCGAGACCUUCCUAUCAAAGCCGAAACUGAACCUUGAGAGAGACAACCUUAUCAACGUAUUCCUACAACAUUUCAGACCGGAGCUAGAUCCAAACUACGCUGCGACGGAGGAGGUGCCAGCUGUGAGCACUCGCCACUUCCCCAAGCUCGGGUCUACGAGAGGUCAAGAGGCAAAAUACGUGCCACCGGACCAAUUCGUCGACUACGCGGAUGAGAUCCGCUUCGGUCAGCUGACCGUCGCGCAACAACGCAUCGUGCUCUUCCUCCGGACGCUCAUCGCCAGGCCGGACAUUGUCAUUCUCGACGAACCCUUCUCAGGCCUUUCCGCAUCUCAGCGCGACAAGUGCCUGCAUUUCUUGGAAUGCGGCCAAAGAGCUCAUAGCCGUAUUAGCGGCGACGAGUACCAGUUCACUGGAUUAACGGAGAACCAAGCUUUCAUCAUCAUCAGCCAUGUGCCCGAAGAGAUCCCUGACAGCGUCCGCUACUAUCUACGACUACCGUCUCCUGAAGACACUGCUGCUGGACCUACCGAUUUCCGGUUUGGCAUUCUCCGGGCUAAAACUGCCAUGAGGAACCCUCGGACCUGGGAUGCGGCUUGGGCUCCUCCGGCUGAAUUUGAGAAAAAUGCCCGUCGCACGUUCCGCCGCAAACAGGAGACUUUGCCGGUACAGGAUAUGACUGAGUUCGAAUGGUGGACGAUAUAG